AUGGCUGACGCAGGCUUCAGCUUUGACUAUGGCUUUGUCAAUGGCAAAGUUUCGCUGUAUUGCGGACGUGAUGUGGGCUCAAUACAGCUGAGCACGGGCCUCCACUACAGCAAGAUGCCAAAUGCCGGCCAGAUAUCUUGCCCACGCUGCCAAUGGAAGGUGUUCACCCUUAGGGCUCUCUUCAGGCACCUGUGCUCAUCACAUAGUCAUGAGAAGAACUGGGUGUGUGGCCUGCAGGGAUGUGUCAAGACAUAUCAGUCAUAUUUCAGAUACCGACAACAUGUCACUGCAAAACAUGGGGAUUUGCUGGGACACUUUGAUUCACGAGCAUCCAGUGAGCAAGGCACUGAAAAUGAAGGUGGCGAAGAAGGUGGUCAGCCCAUGGCUGAUGCACAGGAUGCACAGCUGAACAUAGAUGAAGGAGAAGCAGUCAGUCCCUCAAGGAGCCCUGAGGCAAGAGAAGAAUUGUCUCAGACCACACCAGACUCUACAAAACGUUUUGCGCUACUGCUUCUAAAAUGGAAAGAAGAGAUGAGGUUGCCUGAAUCAACCUUGAACGAAGUGGCAAAUGACAUAACUUUGUACCUAGAGGAGUUGGCCCAGCAAGCUCCAGAUACGCCCGAUGGAGGAACACUUGAAAACACUGUGAAGCAACUACCCAUGUUGCAGACAAAAUAUGGUCGGGAACAGUACUGGAAGGAUACACUGCCAUUCGUUCAGCCGUCAACAAUUUGCUUGGAAAACAAACCAGACGGGAAGACUAUUUCUUUCCGCUACAUCAGCCUACUAAGAGUAUUGAAGAUGUACCUGGAGUGCCCACAGGUUCCAGACAUAUCUGAACAACAAGGAAGAGAGGGACGCUUGACCACAGUGUUUGAUGGCACAGCAUUCCAAAAUCAUAAAUACUUUCAAGGUGACAAAAAGAAGCUGUGUAUACAGCUUUAUACCGAUGAGUUCGAACCAUGUGAUCCCUUGGGUGCAAAGCGUGGCAAACACAAAUUGAUGGUUGUGUAUUAUUCCGUCCUUAACGUGCCCCCUGAGCUGCGGUCUCGUCUCCAACACAUGCAUCUGGCAUUAAUUGUAAAGGACAAAUUAGUGGAACAGCAUGGACUGCGCCGCAUUCUACAACCACUUCUUGAGGACGUACGACAGUUGGAAACAGAAGGCAUUGUUGUCAAUUCAGUGAAGUACACCGGGUCAGUGCUGUGUGUCACAGGGGACAAUUUGUCAAGUCAUCGCCUUGGAGGAUUUGCCACCAACUUCAGUCAUGGCCGUAUAUGUCGAUUCUGCAUGGCUCUGCACCAUGAAAUUUCCAUCAAGCACAAAGAACAAGACUUCGUCAUGCGCUCUCCGGAAGGACAGCGCUACCACGUGAACAUGCUUGAAAACGGGCUGCCAGCUUUGUCGUUGUAUGGAGUGAAGGCGUCAUGUGCAAUGGAACUUGAGGGAUUUGAACCUACUGAACAUCUGCCUCCCGACGUGAUGCAUGAUGUUCAUGAAGGCGUUAUACCUUUUCUUCUCAAACAUGUUCUGACUAAGCUUGUGUCAGACAGAUAUUUCUCUCUGGACACUCUGAAUGACUGCAUUGAGAAGUUUCCUUAUGACCCGUGUGACAGGAAAAACAAACCCGAGAUUGUACACCGUGCUGCACUGACGACCAAAGGUACACUAAAAGGAAGUGCAUCCCAAAAAUUCUGUCUUUUCCGGAAUGUGGCCCUGUACAUUGGAGAAUGUAUACCUUCAGAAAACAGUGUCUGGAAACUCUACUUGAUCUUCAGAGAAAUUGUCGACAUCAUCAUGUGCAGAGACUUGCCAUCUGAGUACGUGCCGUACCUCCAUCGUCGAAUUGAGUUUUUUCGGCAAGAGUUUAAUUUGCUCUUUCCUGAAGUCCGAGUCCCAUGUAAGAUGCACUACCUGCUCCACUAUCCUACUUUCAUCUCCAAGUAUGGGCCACUUGUUGGAGUGUGGUCAAUGCGAUUCGAAGGAAAGCAUCAAUACUUCAAGGACGUGACACGAAAAAUUAAAAAUUUCAAGAAUCUGUCGUCUUCGCUUGCUAACAGGCACCAACUCUAUCAGAUGUACACGUGGACACAGCAGGCUCCUGAUGGCAUCAUGUCAACUAAGUGUUGCAAGCCACUGCUGUAUGAGCAUGCACCUGAAGCGCUGCAGCUGUACCUCACUAGCCACGGCAUCAAUGAAGACCAGAUAGUCUCCAUGAAGAGUAUGGAGCUCAGUGGCAGGACAUACGUCACAGACUGCAUCGUAACAUCACAGGUGAUUGGUGAUGAGCUGCCAGAAUUUCAAGAAGUCUGUGGCAUAUACUCCGUGAGCCGUCGUAUCCUCCUGCUUUUGCGCAAGCUGGUAACAUUAGAGUUUGACAAACAUUUGCACGUCUUUGUCGUUGAUCAGAGCACAGAUACAUUCGUAGCUGAUUCACCGCUCGACUACAUGUCAGACCUGCUGAAGGAACUGGGCUGGGAGAUAGUGUCACACACCCCUUACAGUCCAGACCUUGCCUCGAGUGAUUUCCAUCUGUUUGGGCCACUGAAGGAGUUCCUCGGGGGCCGCCAUUUCAGCUGUGAUAACGAGGUGAAGAAUGCUGUCCGAUCAUGGCUGCGCCGCACUGACGAUGCUUUCUACGCUGCUAGCGUUGGAGCACUGGUAGAACGCUGGGAAAAGUGUGUCAGUGUAGCUGGGGAAUACAUCAAGAAAUAA